AAAAAAUUGAAAAAAAAAGGGGUUGUAAAUGGAAGUGUUUAAUAAGAGAAAUAAGGUGGAGCACAAAAUCCCCAACAAAUUUUUUUUAAAAGAAAUUCUGUACUCCAAAUUGUUUAAUAAAUUCCCUUCGCCCGAUCCGAGCCAAUUUUUUUCUCUCUCUAAGAUCGCACCAAAAAAAAAAAAAAAGUUUUCUCCUUCCUCUCUUGUUCUAUGAACAUUGUAAGUUCGAGGUUUAUCUUUUUCUCAGGAUUGGAGGAGGAAUUCAACCCUUUUAAACCCCUAAUCCUGCAUUUAAUUACCAAUUUACAGGUCUGGUAUUGGUGGGGCAUUUCCAAAAUCACAAAUUCGAGCGUUUCAAUCUAUGACAGUUUAGUCAGGUUGCUGGUAUUCAAACAUUUCAUGUUAAACGAUUCUUUUCUACUACUUUUACCAUGACAUUGGCUUCCUCAAAAACUUCUCUUAAAAUGGCUGCUUUCCCACGGGGCGUUUCCUUCAUUGCAGCUUCAAUGGCAUUACUAGCAAUGUUCUUAAUUUUUGGUUCUUGGCUUCUGGUUUCAUAUCCUAUCACUUCAACUGUUAGUGAGUAUAUUUCUGGUGUCAAUAGGAAAAUAGUUUUGCCUGCUAAGGAUGUAUCAGGGUCGAGUUUAGAACAGCUCACAAUGACUUCAAAUAGUUCUGGUGUUGAUAAUAGUGAAGAUGCACAAGUAUCCAUUAGAUCUUCUGUUGAUAAGGAUUCAUUGCAAUCGGAGUCUAACAAGCAACUGCCUACUACAAAAGAUUCAGUUGAUUUAAGAAGAAAUGAGAUACCGGAGGAACCUGUACAGCUUCCAGAAUCUUCGUUUGGAGCAACAGAAAAGAAGGUGAGCACUUCAAGUUCUGCAUCUAGCAAUGCAUCUGAGAGCAAUUCAGUUGAGUCAGGUUCUCUUGAUUCAAGAAAAAAUGGGGUGCUGGAGAAACCUGGACAGCUUUCAGAGUCAUUGUCUAGACCAACAGAAAAGAAGGUGGACACUUCCAGUUCUGCAUCUAGCAAUACAUCUGAGAACAAUUCAGUUGAUUCAGGCUGUGAUCUGUACGAUGGAAAGUGGUUCUAUGAUCCACAAGGGCCAUCAUACACCAACUCCUCUUGCCCUAUCAUAACACAGAUGCAGAAUUGCCAGGGUAAUGGGAGGCCUGACAAGGAUUAUGAGAAUUGGCGUUGGAAACCCUCUCAAUGUGCCCUUCCCAGAUUUGAUGCUAAGAAGUUUCUAGAGUUGAUGAGAGGAAAGACACUUGCUUUCAUUGGUGAUUCUGUUGCUCGAAAUCAGAUGGAAUCAAUGGUGUGUCUUCUCUGGCAGGUUGAAGUUCCAAAAAAUCGAGGAAAUCGAAGAAUGCAUCGAUGGUAUUUCAAGUCUACAUCUGUAAUGAUUGUCCGGGUAUGGUCCUCCUGGCUUGUCCGUCAAACUAAUGAAAAAUUUGACUUUGCUCCCGAAGGUGUUACCAAGCUGCAUCUCGAUGCUCCUGAUGACAACUUGAUGGAACUCAUCCCAAAGUUUGAUGUGAUUGUUCUUUCUUCUGGCCAUUGGUUUGCCAAACAGUCUGUCUAUGUAUUGAACAAUGAGAUUGUGGGAGGACAAUUAUGGUGGCCGGAUCGUUCUCGUCCUAUGAAGGUCAAUAAUGUUGACGCAUUUGGAAUAUCUGUUGAGACAAUUCUGUCUGCUCUUGUUACACAUCCUAAUUACACAGGCCUGACUAUUGUACGUUCCUUUUCUCCUGACCAUUAUGAAGGUGGAGCUUGGAAUACAGGUGGAUCAUGUACCGGAAAGGUAAAGCCUCUUGCAACUGAUGAACUAGUGGAAAAUGGCUUUACGAGUAUAAUGCAUAAGAAACAAGUGACGGGUUUUGAACUUGCUGUUAAGAAAGCGACGAAUAAGUCCAAGUUGAGGAUGAUGGAUAUUACCAAAGUGUUCGGGUAUCGACAUGAUGGGCAUCCAGGCCCUUAUCGAAGCCCUGAUCCAAAUAAGAUCACAAAAGUUGGCCCAAACGGAAAGCCUCCACCUCAAGAUUGCUUGCACUGGUGCAUGCCAGGUCCUGUUGAUACCUGGAAUGAAUUAGUGCUGGAGAUUAUAAGAAGAGACUUUGAGGGUCAUCAAAACUUUCCAUGACAAGGAUAGAUGUGGUUUCAGUGAGAAACUCCCACAUGAUUGUGCCUUUGUAAGUGAAUGAAACAGGUAACAUAUUAGAGACAGAGAUGCAUGGCUUGGUCCGACUUGAGGCGAUAGCUAGUCCCUUUGUUUAUACCCUUUAUUAGAGUCACAGAGAGAAAUGAGCUGUUGUAGCGGAUUGAAAGAUUGAUAGCUUGCUUUCUAAUAUAUAUUGAUAGCUGUUCUACUUUUUGUGAUAUUGUAUCUGAGAAUAUUUGAUUGUUUUUUACAAUAGGAUUAUUCACUAUUUAAAUUACUUAACAUAUCUUAAAAUAUGUUUCAUUA